CGAUUCCGCUCAUAUGAAACAAUUCCUCACAGAAGAGUUUUACGCCGAAGACCUUGCGACAAUGGCGCCAUGUCUAUCUAGUGCAAAUUUCCACCCGUUACACCAACGACGGGUAAAAGACUGAAAUGAUCAUCACCGAAGAACCUUGCUUACAUCUAGUAUGGAUUCACAACCGCAUAUUCAUCAAACCUCUCCUAAGGUAUCUACUUUCGCAUGAGUUCUGGGAACUAUAUUUGAGCGAGGAUUCAAACCGACUAGGAGACUGUCGGACCAUACAUCAUGUGAAUGUGAGUCAGUCGAAGCAGUAUCUGCAAAGCUUCAACAAGAUUUCUGUGGACAUAUUGACACCUAGGCUGACACUUGCCUCCUUUGGCCUAUUCACCUUAGUACUCGGCCAAAUUAAGGACUUGGACGUGUUAGGGGGAUAUGGCUUUGGCGAGCUAAGAUUGACACAACUUAAUUUCCAUGCCCCUCUGUUCCUUUGCAAGUUCCACUUCGAACAGGUAUAUGGGCAAUACGGAGUUUCUUGUGGGCGGCUCUAUAGACUAUACUCGUUUUAUUCGCUGUAGUGCUGAUUAUUUUAAAUUCC